GAGGAGAAAUAAAAAGGCAAGUAAAGUAGAAAAGGAAACAGAACGUGGACGAUGCAGCAAGAAACAUCCCAACGACCUAACGACGCCCUCCCGAUCCCCGCGCAUUCCACCCGUUCCGAUCGCCUCCUCUCCAUUUCGACAUCCAUGGAUGUCAUCCCCAUCCCAUCACCCAUUAGUAUUACCCAUCACCCUCAUCUGCCAGCGGCACCUGAACUGGACCAGGACCUGGACCCGGUCUGGCACAUGAGCCACUCGACCUCAAUCUAAGGCACCAAACCCGUUCGUACCUAUCUGUACGUACGGGUAGCUUAUUUUCCUGUAAGCUCACCUCCCUCCCUCCCUCAUGAACAUCAUAAAGAGAAGAGGAGACGCUGACGACGGCGGAUACGGUUGGCUGGGAGGACGCCUCCUCCAGCUUGGGGCCCCUCAGCCCGGAUUUGUGGCUGCAUCGUGGGCGGUGAGCAUGGCUUUCGGAACCUCGUGCUUCAUGCCUCUACCAAUACACUGGACCUUCAUUACCAGGGUACACGGCUUUCCAACCGGACUAGGCUUCAACGGCGCGAUUCUUUUUCUUCUCAUUUCCAUCUCGCCAUUCCGACCCAGAUAUAAUAGAUCCAUCACCAAGUUUCCAACCAAAAAAGAUGGCACGGAUGGCCACCGCUGCUCUGCAUAUCUGCCGCUCUACGGAGUACACUCGAACAAGUAUCGCGGCAUGGGGUCUUUGGAAACACUAGCCAUGACCAACGCGGGAGUGAUGUUCCUCGGCUGACCGGGGUGCAGACGAGACGUGCCGACGACACACCCCAGGACCCCUAAUAAUCCUAAUUAUUUUAAACUAAGGCAAUUCAACAAAUUGGCCUACGGUUGAAUGACAGGGUGCAAUGCGCCUAGACUCGCCUCCGAUGGAGUUCCGCAGAACAAGCCGGCCACGAACAAUUGAGAGGACAUGCACCACUCGUCCUCCAACAAACGACGGGCUGCGCGUGGAAACAAAACGGACGGACCGGAACAGACGACGAGCAAAAUUGUGGGCGCUGGAGCCAUCUAGCCGAC